CCAAUCAGGCCGCUCUCGUAGGCAGCCAACGCGAGGCUGAGCCGCGCCGAGCCCCGCGUCGUGCCCUGCGCUCCGCUCCUGUCCACACUACCGCGAACAAUACAGAAUCAAGAUGGCUAAAGGUGAUCCGAAGAAGCCCAAGGGCAAGAUGUCUGCCUAUGCCUUCUUUGUGCAGACGUGCCGUGAGGAACAUAAGAAAAAGAACCCAGAGGUUCCAGUCAACUUUGCGGAGUUUUCCAAGAAGUGCUCAGAGAGGUGGAAGACCAUGUCAAGCAAGGAAAAGGCUAAAUUUGAUGAAAUGGCAAAGGCUGAUAAGGUACGAUAUGAUAGAGAAAUGAAGGACUAUGGACCAGCUAAGGGUGGCAAGAAGAAGAAGGACCCCAAUGCCCCAAAACGACCACCGUCUGGCUUCUUCCUCUUCUGUUCAGAGUUUCGCCCCAAGAUCAAGUCCACAAACCCUGGCAUAUCUAUUGGGGAUGUAGCAAAGAAACUGGGUGAAAUGUGGAACAACCUCAGUGAUGGUGAAAAGCAGCCUUACAAUAAUAAGGCAGCUAAACUGAAGGAGAAGUACGAGAAGGAUGUUGCAGACUACAAGUCUAAAGGAAAGUUUGAUGGCGCAAAGGGAGCAGCAACCAAAGCUGCUCGGAAAAAGGUAGAGGAAGAAGACGAAGAGGAGGAGGAGGAUGAAGAAGAGGAGGAUGAAGAUGAUGAUGAUGAAUAAAACUGUACAAUACUUGUCUCCAUGUGAAUACCAUAGAGUAGGGGAAACACCGUAAAUGAAGCACCUCUUAUUUGAGAUGGUGUCUCUUGCCCUUAUUAGGCUUAAUUAAAAAAAAAAUUGGAUUCCGAUCGCGUUGUAGUUUCUAAAAGUGCUCUAGAAAUUGUAACUGGUUUACAUGAAGUGGCCAUGGGUGUAGUGAGCACCCUGAAACUGUAUCAAAGUUGUACAUAUUUCCAAACAUUUUUAAAAUGAAAAGGCGCUCUAGUGUUCUCCUAACUCUGUGCACUUUGCUGUUGGUGUAACAAAGCAUUUAAAAAUGUUUCAAGCAUUUUUUUUAAUUUGUAAGGUGGUGUUACUAUAUGGUUAUUGGCUAGAAAAUCCUGGGUUAUAAACUGUACAUAUCUAUAGUUUGUAAAAACUAGACAGAUUCUUGUGGUACAUGCUUAGAGUGAUGAUGCCUUAGAGGAGCAGUGAUUACUUGGAAAGGCUGUACGUUCCCUGGGGUGCCAUGGCCCAAAGCAUGCACUGUGAGGGUAGAUCUAUUUACACUACAGUGGGCGUCCAUUUAGCUUAAAGUUGUCUUUCUGUAUAUAGUGAAAUAGCAUUCUGCUGCCAUUCUUAGUUGUGGAAGGGGGUUCAGCUGGCAUGAGAAGUGUAUGGGUUUUUUAGUUAAGUGCGGUAGUUUUUAAACUGAAACUGUAGACAUCUCUUCAUGGUCAACUAAGUGAAGAGCCAGUGCAGCAACUGAAGUUCAAAAACACUCUGUACUUAAACAAAUUUGCAACGUUCUGUUUUUUUUGUAUGUUUAGAAUGCUGAAAUGUUUUUGCAAAAUAAACAGUAUUACAUUUUUAAAACUG